AUGGUUACAAGCGCUCCCGUCCUUCGAUAUUUUGAUGUGCAGAAAGAUGUCGUUAUCCAAUGUGACAGCAGUAGCGUUGGGCUCGGAGCUGUACUGCUGCAGGAUGGUCAGCCCGUGGUGUAUGCCUCGAAGACUCUGAACGCAACGGACCGCAACGGACCGCAAGUAUGCGCAGAUCGAGAAAGAAACAUUGGCCAUCCUGUUUGCCUGCCGAUUUUUCAGAAGCCGUUAGUGGAAGCACCCCUGAGAAUCCAACGGAUGCUUUUGGCCCUUCAACGGUACAACACGGUUCUACGGUUUACUCCAGGUAAGGAAGUCAUCAUAGCUGACAUGCUUUCACGGGCGUCAAUAGCUGACAACGAUGUAUGCAGCAAGGACAUCUGCGAUGUGUAUGCGUUGGAGUACAUUCCCAUUUUGGAUGACAGAGUUCUGCAAAUCAAGGCGGAAUCUAAGCAGGAUCCGGAAAUACAAACAAUUAUCCAGUUUGUGAUUGACGGAUGGCCUACAAAGUCGGAAGUACCAGAGUCGCUGCAGGAUAUUCUGGAUCGGCUGCAUCAAUCGCGCUCCGGAAUCGAAGCUACGACAAAGCUUGCUCGUGACACAGUGUUUUGGCCCGGCAUUUACGACCAAAUUCGUCAGAAGGUUCAGCAGUGUGACAUUUGUCAAAAAAUUGCACCAAAUCAACAGUUGCAGCCCAUGCAGAGCCAUCAAAUUCCCAGCUAUCCUUUCCAGGAACUGAGCAUGGACUUGUGCGAAAUUGAGCUUGGAGGCAGAAAAGCGAGGAUCACAGCACAACUGGCGAUCGAUCAAACACCACAGAAAAAAGCCGGCGAACUGAUGGAGAACCGUCCGUGA